UAUAAUUAUAUAGUAAAUAAAAUUAUUUGAUUUUGUUUAAUUUAUAUUCCAAUUAAAUAAACCGAAACAUAAAAAGGGCCUCUGUAAAAUAAAUAUGAAUUGUUACUUCAACUCACUAGAUGUAUACAUAUAUAUUGCUUGCUCAUUAAUUAUAAAUGAUAAUAUAGUUUCACUUUGAUUUAUGUAUUAAAUAAAAACCAUGGCUCCUCGACCGAGUUGUGCCCAGAUUGAAGCACUUGUACAAUUUUUGGAACGUAAUCCCGGUAUCGCGAGAGGCUGGCUACGUACAAACUCUGCUAAAGCGGAGACCAAGAGAAAAUGGGCAAUACUAGCUCCAACAUUAAAUAGUUUAGGUGGAACCAUUAAGAAUGGGGUUGGUUGGGCCAAAUACUGGGCAGAAAAGAAAUGUGGCUUAAAGAAACAAUGCACUGAGAGACGCUCAGAGGGAGGAACAUUUGAAAGUUUAAAUUUGCUCACAGACCUAGAUAGGAGAAUGUUCAAUAUCAUGGGUGGCCAACAAUACCUUGCUGGUGACUUAGAAGUUUCUGUUGACCCAUUUCCAAGUAGUAAUGUUAGUGUCACUAUGCCUGAUGAAGGAGACAUUGGAAAUUGUCCUCUCCCUGUAGGAAGCUUAGCUCCACCUUCAGAUUUAGAUAUUAACGACGUUAACGAGAGAGAUGAUACAAUUACAAUGACCUCGACGGACACGUACCAGUUAAAAUGGCACUCGCACAGCUCGCAUUUGAAUGGUUCCGUUGCGGCCUUGCUGCGAUCGGAGCGGUUUACCGAUGUGGUGCUGUGCACGAUGGAUGGGUCACAGAUACCAGCGCACAAGUUCAUCUUGAGCUCGUGCAGCGUGUACUUGAGCAAUCUGUUCGAGGGGCAGCGGUCUGUGACUCGCAUGGGUGGGAUGUUGUAUGUGGUGCUACCUUCGGAGAUAUCUACGAAGGCGUUGAAGAUUCUAGUGGAAUAUAUGUAUAAAGGUGAAACGACAGUUUCAAAUGAAGUAUUAGAUACUGUAUUGAAAGCUGGUGAAGUACUUAAAAUUAGAGGGUUAUGGAGGCAAACAGACGAGGCUGGUGGGGACUCCACUCCUGCAGAGAAGACCACAGCACCCAUGGCCACAGCAAGUGUAAACAAACAAAUAGUAGCCAAGAAACCUGAAGAUAUGCAACCAAAGAUCACAGUGAAGAAGGAUGAUAAGCUGCUGAAGACAUUUGGACAGGUUCAACCGCAGGGUGUCACAAGACCUAUGUUCAUUGGACCACCGAAAUUAGUAUUUAUCAAAACUACCGAAGGUGGAACUCAAGCCGCCCUCAGACCUGGUGCUCCAAAGGGUCAAACGAUACUGGUAGCGCCAGCACAAACAGCGGAUUCCACAGCAAUAGCCACUACUGUAGCUGCACCAGCCCCUGUACAGAGUGUUGCGGUUGCGACAAUAGCUGAUGACUCACCAGAUGAAGCGCCUCCACCUAGAAUAUUGAGACGGCACGCUGCUGAAAGAAAGUAUGGAAAGAAACAAAGGGUAGAAGCCAGUACUGAAACGGAAGAGGCGAAAGAUGAUGAUAAUCAAGAUAAUGUCUCUGUUACAUCAAAAAAAUCUACUCAGAGUAAUUUGGAAUCAACAGAAGUGCACGUCAAGGAUGAACCAGAAUGGGAUGCUAGCAGUAUCGAAGAGGAGGAAAGAUCUAUUGCGGAGAUGUUUCAAGCAGAAAUGAGUGUUAAAUCAGAGCCUAUUGAUGAUAUGGAGAUUGAGGAAGAAAGUUUGAUGUACAGUCCGCUGGCGUGCGAGCUGUGCGCGGAGGUGUUCACGGUGCCGGCCGCGUGGGUGCGGCACGUGCAGGGACACGCGCACCAGGACCAGCCGCCAGCGCGCAAACGGAAACACCGCUCCGCGAGUGACGAUACAGAAGAAACAAUGGCUUUACUACGCUGCGAUUUAUGUCAGAAACACUUCCCCAACCCGGCCGAGUGGGUGCGACAUAUUCAGAGCACGCACACAGAAACAGAAUUGGCCAUAUCAAACAACAGUGCCCCACCAAAACGUCACAAUCGUUUCACAGAGGGCGCGCAAAACAAGAAUUGCACGCACUGCAAGAAAGCAUUCCCGUCCCACGCGUCUAUGCUCAUACACUUGCGUACGCACACAGGAGAACGACCGUUUAUAUGCGGUCUGUGCAACAAGGGUUUCAAUGUGAAAUCGAACUUGCUUCGGCACCUGCGCACAUUACAUGACCAACUGAUCAGCCCGGCGCAGGUGGAGGGCGACGACAGCGAGGAGUCCACGUCCGCGCCGGGGCCCUCCGAGGUUAAGAGGGAGUCCUGAGGACGCGGAGGGGGGGCAGGAAGAGGGCGUGGUCGUCGUACUCCAUACAUAGCCGCAGUGGCGAAGGCCAACAGCCGCGCCAACGAUAAGAAUAAAGAAACGGAGACUGCGACCAAUAUCCCGCGCAAGCAGAGCUACUCGCUAUUCCUCAGACAGCGCGCUGUGCUCUUCUCCGCUAAGAAGUGGAAACAAUGAGGACUUGUCGUCGACUCGUGACAACUUUGUGUAUCGUUUAGUUCGCUGUCUAGUGACGUCACAAUGAAUCAAGUCAAUGUUUUUUUUUAAUUUAGAUCCAGAUUUGUCCAUGAAUAACUCCAUAAAUGAAUCUAUGCAAGUUCAGUGGUUUUUCGUAUUUAUAUUCAUUCAAUGCUAGUAGUUGUAUAAUAUAACAUUUGAAAUGUCCCACUCAGAUGUUUACUCAUAAGAAUCUCAUUAAUAAAACACUGGUUUAUUGACUAACUUUUUAAGUACUUUUUAUUAAGAAUUAAACAAAAAAAUUACUUAAAGUUGAUUUGUGAUGUCUUUAGAUGGCUUUUAUAUUUACAAUUGAAUUGUAUUGUAAAAUGUAACGAUGUCACGUCUGGUUCGUUUCACUUCUAAUCCUGCCCACCCUCUUUUAGUAUUUCUAUUUUAUGGUUAUGGAAGUUGGAUUUUAUUUAAUUUUUAUUCGAGUGAAUUAUUUUUAUAUUGUAUAAUCCCAUAAUUUUAGUAAUAUUAUUUUGUAUUAGUAAGUUUAAGUAUACUAUAAUGCUAUGCUAUUUAUAAAUGGGUGCUACCGCCACCCAGACUUUUGGAUAUAUGAGAAAAGGAUAUGCCUAUCUAUAGUUCAUUUUAAUGUAUCUUAAGAAUUUUAAUUUUUGUGUUGAGUUUAACAUUUAUCCAAAAUUUUCGAUUUUCACAAUAUUGUCUAUAGGAUAAUUUUAAAUAUUACACCUACAUUUAGAUUUUUUAUUUGUGUACAAUUACCAAAAUUUGCUAUUAAAAUUGUGAUCAUAUGUUACAUAUGAAGCUUUAACUUUGUCAUUCCAAUAAUUUAUUUAUAUAUUAAUAUAUUUUAGAACGCGACUGACACGGCGGUAUGAGGUAAUUCUAUUUAGUUUUACUCAAAUAUCAUAGUCACAAUAAAUUUGUCACAUCCCAGGUAUUAUAGUCCCGUCUAUUUAUUAAAAAUAACCUACUUAUUGUGACAAUGCCAUGCCAUCCUGUCAUUGCCAGUUAUUUAACAUGCAGUUCCUAUGGAAUGCAUAUUAGUUUUAUUUUAAUUGGAUUUGUGAUUUUUCGUUCAAUACUCAUGUGAAACAUGGACACAAUGGAUAAUUUGUUUGUACUAUUUUAUAUGAUAGUAUAUGUGGAUAUAAACAUCUUAAAAAUGCACAUAGUUGUUUG